AUGCAGAAGGAAGAUGCUCAUAAUGCGGAGGGAGGAACUGAAGAAAUUCCUGAAAUUCAUGCCCAUGGUCUCGGGUUGUCUGUGAAGAGGCAGUUCAGGACAUCUGCUGAGAAGAAACUUGACAACUUGAAACUUGAAGCCUGCUACAGUAGAUCUGAUGACAUCUCCACAGUCUUGUUCUCCACUCCUAAUGGGCUCUUUCUCGACUCCAUCUUCACGGUAGCGGCCGCUGAUCCCGUGGUUCUGUCGCAGCUAUUUGUCCGCGCCCAGGAGCUCCGCACCCUUGAGGUGACCGGCCAGGAGAAGAUCGCUCAGAUCAAGGCUCGUGUCCCCUCCCUGGAGGGUAUCGUCCUGGAAGAUCAGGUCCUGCUCCUGGCAGGCAUGCCACUGGAGGAUGAUGCUACCCUCGGCCAGUGUGGGGUGGAGGCCCUGGCUACCCUGCAGAUAGUCGGCCGCCUACCUAGAGGUAAAGUCCAUGGAUCCUUGGCCCAUGAUGGAAAAGUGAGAAGUCAGACUCCCAAGGUGGCCAAACAGAAGAAGAAGAAGACUGGCCUGGCCAAGGGGUGGAUGCAGUACAACCCAUGCUUUGUCAAUGUUGUGCUCACCUUUGGCAACAAGAAGGACCGCAAUGCAAACUCUUAAGUCUUAUGUAAUCUUGGCUUUCUGUAAUAAAGCUACUUCGCCCAU